CUCGCCCUCCCCUCUCGGGUUUUCCUCCACACCCUCCCAGAUGACCCCUUUCCCCGGUUCCGUCUCCCCGUUUCCCCCGGCCUUGCCUCUUUGCCCCCGGCCCUCCUUGUUCCAUCUCCCCACUUGGGCUAGUCGCCCGCUGGCCGCGCCGCUGUCUCGUGCAGCCCAACUCCCUUCCCCUCGACCGACAGCCUGUGCGCCCCAGGUCUGCCCGCGGCACCUUUCGGGGCUCUGUCUCGCUGCUUCUCCAGGCUUUGCUUUCCUUCCGACCUGUCCCCUGGGGCUCUGAGGAAGGAGGGAGUCCCUGUCCUUUUCUCGUUUCCCCAGUUCCCCGCCCCCCAACUCUGGCCCCUUUCUCCUUCUAGCAGUCUCUAGGGGUGGGGAGAGAACCGGAAUUUGGGGGGCCCUCUGGAGGGGCAAGGGGCUAUGUGUCGCGGGCGAAAGGGUCUGUGAGUGUGUUUGGGGUGGGGGCGGGGACGGUUAGAGACCCGGCUGCCUCUCUGUUGUCCCUUUAAAUGGCCCUCACAUUUCUGGGGACUCGUGGGGGUAGGUGGCAAGCCUCUGCCUGGGGGGCAGGGCCCUCUGUUCGUCCACACAAUCAGGGGUGGUAAUGAUUUAAAGGGACAGCCUCGGUGUGGCCGCUGCCACCCUGCGCCAGCGGGAGGGGGGAGCCGGCAGGCCUUGUCUGGGGAGGCUUGGCUGGCGAGCAGGGCAUUUGAGGCUGAAUCUGUUUCGGGGCCUGCCAGGUCUGGGACAGUGCUGCGGAUGGGACCUGCACGGAGGGGUGACAGCUUGCCUGGGGGGCACUCAACCUGGGCCUUCUCCAGGGCCCCACCUUUGGGUUCAUGGACUCCUUGGCCAAGAAUCCUUGAGUCUAAACUACGGAGUCUGUCGGCCACCAGGUGGGGGCCACCGGCAGGUCUGCAUGUCAGCAGCCUGUCCUGGGCACACUGGAGCUGGCCCUUCAGCUUCCCCUUUUGUUGUUUGGCUCUGUGCACAAGAAAGCCCCAGCCCCUCCCCCAGCUCCCCCUUCCCGUCCACAUGCCCCCCCCAACACACACACCCACCCCAGCUGUUGGACAGAUGAAUUACAGCCUCCGGCUUGGGGCCAGGGCUGCUGAGGGAUUAAAGCUCUGGGGCUGGCCCUUUAAAUGGCUGUUGGCCCCUCCCCCACUCUGGUGUCCAGACACCCCAUACACACCCUGCUGACCCCCUUGGCUGACCCCCUUGGCUGCCCCUCACUUCUCCUCUUGGUCUGUCCUAAGGCCCCUCCCCAGCAUCCCCUUCUUCCCCAACACAACCACAAAUACAAAUGCUACAGACUAACACACACACACACACACACUCACUCUCUCUCUCUCUCUCUUUCUCUCUCUCUCUCUCUGUUUCUCUCUCUCUCUUUCUCUCUCUUUCUCUCUCUCUCUCUCUCUCUCUUUCUCUUUCUCUCUGUUUCCCUCUCUCUCUCUCUCUCCCUCUCUCUCUGUUUCUCUCUGUUUCUCUCUCUCUCUCUCUCUUACUCACUCACUCUCUGGUCUCACAUUCUGAGUGUCCCUGUCCUGGAGGGUUCCAGCCUCAAGCUCCCUUCUCCAGCAGAAGGACCUUGCCUGCCUGGCCUCCCUAGCCUGCAGCUGACCACUACCCUGGCCAGGUUCCCCCAGGCACCAUGCCAGCCCCGUAGUACCACCCACCCCACCCACUGUGGUCUGCUGCACCCUACUGCUGGGGCGCUGCUUCCAAUGAGACAGGGCACACCAAACUCCCAUCUGGCUGUUACUGAGGCGGAGACACGGGUGAUGAUUGGUUUUCUGGGGAGAGAGGAAGUCCUGUGAUUGGUCAGGUCUCCGGAGCUCGCCGACGCCGGGAGAGAAAGCUCCCACGGAGGCCGGAAUUGGCUGUGAAAGGCCCUGGGCGACCAUCUGGGGGCAGUGGGCACUCCUGUCAGAGCGGCUGGAGCCGGACCAUCGCCCCAAGGAGCUGGGGCAGGGGGCCGUGCCCGAUCUCUGGGGCCACUGCUGACCUGGCUGGAUGCAUCGGGCAGUGGACCCUGCAGGGGCCCGCGCUGCACGGGAAGCCUUUGCCCUUGGGGGCUUGAGCUGUGCUGGGGCCUGGAGCUCCUGCCCGCCCCAUCCCCCUCCUCGGAGCGCAUGGCUGCCUGGAGGCAGGUGCUCUGCCAGCAUCGGGCAGCCCCCACUCCCUGCUCCCCUACCUCCUUCACACGGCAGUAGCUCUGGCCACCCCAACAAACCGUAUUAUGCUCCAGGGACACCCACCCCAAGACCCCUCCAUGGGAAGCUGGAAUCCCUGCAUGGCUGUGUGCAGGCAUUGCUCCGGGAGCCGGCCCAGCCGGGGCUGUGGGAGCAGCUUGGGCAGCUGUACGAGUCAGAGCACGACAGUGAGGAGGCUGUACGCUGCUACCACAGCGCCCUUCGAUACGGAGGAAGCUUGGCUGAGCUGGGGCCCCGCGUCGGCCGACUACAGCAGGCCCAGCUUUGGAACUUUCAUGCCGCCUCCUGCCAGCACCGACCCAAGGUUCUGCCUCCCCUGGAGCAAGUGUGGAACUUGUUGCACCUUGAGCACAAACGGAACUAUGGGGCCAAGCGGGGGGGUCCCCCGGUGAAGCGAGCCGCCGAACCCCCGGUGGUGCAGCCUAUGCCUCCUGCAGCACUCUCAGGCCCCUCGGGGGAGGAGGGCCUCAGCCCUGGAGGCAAACGUAGGAGAGGCUGCAACUCUGAGCAGACUGGCCUUCCCCCAGGGCUGCCGCUGCCUCCGCCACCAUUACCCCCAGCCCCACCCCCACCUGGCCUAGCCACCAGCCCUCCAUUCCAGCUGACCAAGCCAGGGCUGUGGAGUACCCCGCAUGGAGAUGCAUGGGGCCCCGAGCGCAAGGGUUCAGCACCCCCAGAGCGCCAGGAGCAGCGGCACUCGCUGCCUCACCCAUAUCCAUACCCAGCUCCGGCCUACCCUGUGCACCCCCCCGGCCACCGGCUGGUCCCGGCUGCACCCCCAGGCCCCCGCCCCCCAGGAGCAGAGAGCCAUGGCUGCCCGCCUGCCACCCGUCCCCCUGGAAGUGACCUUAGAGAGAGCAGAGUUCAGAGGUCGCGGAUGGACUCCAGCGUUUCACCAGCAGCAACCACCGCCUGCGUGCCUUACGCCCCUUCCCGGCCCCCUGGCCCCCCCGGCACCACCACCAGCAGCAGUAGCAGCAGCAGCAACCCUGGUCUCCGGGGCGUGGAGCCAAGCCCAGGCAUUCCCGGUGCUGACCAUUACCAAACUCCCGCGCUGGAGGUCUCCUCUCACCAAGGCCGCCUUGGGCCCUCAGCACACAGUAGUCGGAAACCAUUCCUGGCGGCUCCCGCUGCCACUCCCCACCUGUCCCUGCCACCCGGCCCCUCCUCACCUCCUCCUCCCCCUUGUCCCCGCCUCUUACGCCCUCCACCCCCCCCUGCCUGGCUGAAGGGCCCAGCCUGCCGAGCAGCCCGUGAGGAUGGAGAGAUCUUAGACGAGCUCUUCUUUGGGGCUGAGGGACGCCCCCGCCCUCCCCCGCCACCCCUCCCCCACCGCGAGGGCUUCUUGGGACCUCCGGCCCCCCGCUUUUCUGUGGGCACUCAGGAUUCGCACACCCCUCCCGCUCCCCCAACCACCAGCAGCAGCAACAGUGGCAGCCACAGCAGCAGCCCUACUGGGCCUGUGUCCUUCCCUACACCUUCCUAUUUGGCCAGAAGUAUGGACCCCCGUCCCCGCCCCCCCAGCCCAACACUGAGCCCCCAGGACCCACCUCUUGCACCCCUGACUCUUGCCCUGCCUCCAGCCCCUCCCUCCUCUUGCCACCAGAAUACCUCAGGAAGCUUCAGGCACCCGGAGAGCCCUCGGCCCAGGGUCUCCUUCCCAAAGACCCCCGAGGGGGGGCCGGGGCCAUCCCCAGGCCCCCUGAAUAAAGCCCCCCAGCCUGUGCCGCCCAGGGUUGGGGAGCUGCCUGCCCGAGGCCCUCGACUCUUUGACUUCCCCCCUACCCCACUGGAGGACCAGUUUGAGGAGCCAGCUGAAUUCAAGAUCCUACCUGAUGGGCUGGCCAACAUCAUGAAGAUGCUGGAUGAAUCCAUUCGCAAGGAGGAGGAGCAGCAACGACACGAGGCAGGCGUGGUCCCCCCGCCUCCUCUGAAGGAGCCCUUUACAUCUCUGCAGCCUCCAUUCCCCACUGACACAGCCCCAGCCACCACUGCUGCCACCGCCGCCACCACCCCGGCCACCCAGGAAGAGGAGAAGAAGCCACCACCAGCCCUGCCACCACCGCCGCCUCUAGCCAAGUUCCCGCCACCACCCCAGCCACCGCCAACUGCGCGAGCCCCACCAGCCAGCCCGGCCAACCUGCUCAAGUCCUUGGCUUCCGUGCUGGAAGGACAAAAGUACUGUUACCGGGGGACUGGAGCAGCUGUUCCCACCCGGCCUGGGCCCUUGCCCACCACUCAGUAUUCCCCCAGUUCCUCUUCAGGUGCUACCGCCCCACCGCCCACCUCCGUGGCCCCGAGCGCCCAGGGCUCCCCACAGCCCUCCGCUUCCUCGUCAUCUCAGUUCUCUACCUCAGGCGGGCCCUGGGCCCGGGAGCGCAGGGCGGGCGAAGAGCCAGCCCCGGGCCCCAUGACCCCCGCACCCCCGCCCCCACCCCUGCCGCUGCCCCCUGCUCGUUCUGAGUCUGAGGUGCUAGAAGAGAUAAGUCGGGCCUGUGAGACCCUUGUGGAGCGGGUGGGCCGGAGCACCGCAGACCCGGCCGACCCAGUGGACACGGCAGAUCGAGCGGACAGCGGGACUGAGCGACUGCAGCCCCCAGCUCAGGCCAAGGAGGAGAGCGGUGGGGUGGCGGCCGCAGCACGACCAGGGAGCAGCAAGAGGCGGCAGAAGGAGCACCGGCGGCACCGGCGGGCCUGUAAGGACAGUGUGGGUCGGCGGCCCCGGGAGGGCAGGGCCAAGGCCAAGGCCAAGGCCCCCAAAGAAAAGAGCCGCCGAGUGCUGGGGAACCUGGACCUGCAGAGCGAGGAGAUCCAGGGUCGUGAGAAGGCCCGGCCGGAUCUGGGCGGGGCCUCCAAGGCCAAGCCGCCCGUAGCUCCGGGCCCUCCGCCAGCUCCUGCACCCUCUGUCCAGCCCACACCCCCGGCCCCUGUCCCUGGGAAGAAGGCUCGGGAGGAAGCUCCGGGGCCACUGGGUGUCAGCCGGGCUGACAUGCUGAAGCUGCGCUCACUUAGUGAAGGGCCCCCCAAGGAGCUGAAGAUCCGGCUCAUCAAAGUAGAAAGUGGUGACAAGGAGACCUUCAUCGCCUCGGAGGUGGAAGAGCGGAGGCUGCGGAUGGCAGACCUCACCAUCAGCCACUGUGCUGCCGACGUCGUGAGGGCCAGCAAGAAUGCCAAGGUGAAAGGGAAGUUUCGAGAGUCCUACCUUUCCCCUGCCCAGUCUGUGAAACCGAAGAUCAACUCGGAGGAGAAGCUGCCCCGGGAAAAACUGAACCCGCCCACACCCAGCAUCUAUCUGGAGAGUAAACGGGAUGCCUUCUCGCCGGUGCUGCUGCAGUUCUGUACAGACCCUCGAAAUCCCAUCACCGUGAUCCGGGGCCUGGCAGGCUCCCUGCGGCUCAACUUGGGCCUCUUCUCCACCAAGACGCUGGUGGAGGCCAGUGGUGAGCACACGGUGGAGGUGCGCACCCAGGUGCAGCAGCCCUCAGAUGAGAACUGGGACCUGACAGGCACGCGACAGAUCUGGCCCUGCGAGAGCUCCCGUUCCCACACCACCAUUGCCAAGUACGCGCAGUACCAGGCCUCAUCCUUCCAAGAGUCCCUGCAGGAGGAGAAGGAGAGUGAGGACGAGGAGUCCGAGGAGCCGGACAGCACCACGGGAACCCCUCCUAGCAGCGCACCGGAUCCGAAGAACCAUCACAUCAUCAAGUUUGGCACCAACAUCGACCUGUCCGAUGCCAAGCGGUGGAAGCCCCAGCUGCAGGAGCUGCUGAAGCUGCCCGCCUUCAUGCGGGUAACCUCCACGGGCAACAUGCUGAGCCACGUGGGCCACACCAUCCUGGGCAUGAACACAGUGCAGCUGUACAUGAAGGUCCCAGGCAGUCGAACGCCAGGCCAUCAGGAGAACAACAACUUCUGUUCGGUCAACAUCAACAUUGGCCCAGGAGACUGCGAGUGGUUCGCGGUGCACGAGCACUACUGGGAGACCAUCAGCGCUUUCUGCGACCGGCAUGGCGUGGACUACCUGACGGGUUCCUGGUGGCCAAUCCUGGAUGACCUCUAUGCUUCCAACAUCCCUGUGUACCGCUUCGUGCAGCGCCCCGGAGACCUUGUGUGGAUUAAUGCGGGGACCGUGCACUGGGUGCAGGCCACCGGCUGGUGCAACAACAUCGCCUGGAACGUGGGGCCCCUCACCGCCUAUCAGUACCAGCUGGCCCUGGAACGAUACGAGUGGAACGAGGUGAAGAACGUCAAAUCCAUCGUGCCCAUGAUUCACGUGUCCUGGAACGUGGCUCGCACGGUCAAAAUCAGCGACCCCGACUUGUUCAAGAUGAUCAAGUUCUGCCUCCUGCAGUCCAUGAAGCACUGCCAGGUGCAGCGGGAGAGCCUGGUGCGGGCCGGGAAGAAAAUCGCCUACCAGGGCCGGGUCAAGGACGAGCCCGCCUACUACUGCAACGAGUGCGACGUGGAGGUGUUCAACAUCUUGUUCGUGACGAGUGAGAACGGCAGCCGUAACACGUACCUGGUGCACUGCGAGGCUUGUGCGCGGCGCCGCAGCGCAGGCCUGCAGGGCGUGGUGGUGCUGGAGCAGUACCGCACGGAGGAGCUGGCGCAGGCCUACGACGCCUUCACGCUGGUGAGGGCCCGGCGGGGCGGGGACCCGAGGGGGCGCCGGGGCGGGCCGGGCCGGGGGUGGGCGAUCGCGCAUCCUGAGCUCCGCCUGCUCUCUCCCGCAGGCCCCGGCCAGCACGUCGCGAUGAGGCCGGACGCCCCGCCCGCCUGCCCGCCCGCAGGGCGCCGCGGGGCCACCAGCACACGCCUGGGCUGGACCUAGGUCCCGCCUCUGGCCGGGAAGGGGGUCGGGCCCAGCCCUUCCACCCCAUUGGCAGCUCCCCUCACCUAAUUUAUUAAGAAAAAAAUUUUUUAAAAAACAAAUAUGAGGAAAAAAGGAAAAAAAAUGGGAGACGGGGAAGGGGGCUGGUAGCCCCUCGCCCACCAGCGGCUCCCCUCACCGACUUUGGCCUUUCUAGCAACAGACACAAGGACCAGGCUCCGGCGGCGGCGGGGGUCACAUACGGGUUCCCUCACGCCUGCCAGCCGCCCGCCCGGCGCAGAUGCACGCGGCUCGUGUAUGUACAUAGACGUUACGGCAGCCGAGGUUUUUAAUGAGAUUCUUUGUAUGGGCUUUACCCCUCCCCCAGAACCUCCUUUUUUACUUCCAGUGCUAGCUGUGACCCCUGUACAUGUCUCUUGUUUAUUCACUUGGUUAUGAUUUGUAUUUUCUGGGUUUUUUGUUUGUUUUGGUUUUUAAUUUAUAACAGUCCCACUCACCUCUAUUUAUUCAUUUUUGGGAAAACCCGACCUCCCGCACCCCCAAGCCAUCCCGCCCGCCCCUCCAGGGACCCCCCGCCGCCGGACCCUCCCUGCGCCCCAGUGUGUGUCCGGCCCCGGCCCGUCCGUCUCCGCCCGUCCGCCCGCCCGCGGCUCCAGCCGGGUUCUCAUGGUGCUCAAACCUGCUCCCCUCCCCUACGUCCUGCACUUUCUCGGACCAGUCCCCCACUCCCGACCCGACCCCAACCCCGCCUGAGGGUGAGCGACUCCUGUACUGUAGGGGAAGAAGUGGGAACUGAAAUGGUAUUUUGUAAAAAAAAAAAAUAAUAAAUAAAUAAAAUAAAUUUUUAAAGUUUUAAAGAAAGAACUAUGAGGAAAAGGAGCCCCGUCCUUCCCAGCCCCGGCCAAUUUUAAAAACACGGACCUUCCCCUUACAACCCACCCCCCUUUUCUUUUUAAGCGUGAAACAGCCCAGGGCCAGGGCCUCACUGGGGCAGGGACACCCCGGGAUGAGUUUCUCUGGGGCUUUAUUUUCGUUUUGUCGUUUUUUUUUUUUCUCCUCCACGCUGGGGCUGCGGAGGGGUGGGGGGUUUACAGUCCUGCCCCCUCGCACUGCACUGUCUUUCUGCCCCAGGGGCAGAGGGGUCUUCCCAACCCUACCCUUAUUUUCGGUGAUUUUUGUGUGAGAAUAUUAAUAUUAAAAAUAAAAUCAGAAAAAAAAA